AUGGUUCUUCAGGAUCUAGGGCGGCGAAUCAACGCCGCCGUCAAUGACUUGACUCGGUCACCUAAUCUGGACGAAAAGAUGCUGAUUUUAGGAGUAAAGGCCUUCGAAGAGAUGCUAAAGGAGAUCUGCGCCGCCCUUCUCUCUGCCGACGUCAACGUUCGUCUUGUUCAGUCACUCCGCAAGUCUAUUAAAGCCAGCGUCAACUUCGCCUCCCUCCCUGCAGCCGUGAACAAGAAACGAGUGAUUCAAAAGGCCGUCUUCGAUGAGCUCGUAGCCUUGGUCAACCCACAUGCAGAGCCAUUUCGCCCUAAGAAAGGCCGAUCAAAUGUCAUCAUGUUCGUCGGUCUGCAGGGUGCAGGUAAAACGACAACCUGUACCAAGCUUGCCCGACACUAUCAAAUGCGCGGGUUCAAGACGGCCCUCGUUUGUGCAGACACUUUUCGAGCUGGUGCUUUCGAUCAACUGAAGCAGAACGCGACAAAAGCUAAGAUUCCGUACUACGGUAGCUUAACACAAACCGACCCGGCUGUCGUAGCAGCAGAGGGUGUAGCCAAAUUCAAGAAGGAGCGAUUUGAGAUUAUUAUUGUUGAUACUAGUGGUCGUCACAAGCAGGAAGAACAGCUGUUUACGGAAAUGACCCAAAUCCAGACGGCGGUGACGCCUGACCAGACUAUUCUUGUGCUUGAUGGAACAAUUGGACAAGCCGCGGAGGUGCAAUCCUCGGCCUUUAAAGCCACUGCAGAUUUUGGAGCUAUCAUAAUCACAAAGACCGAUGGUCAUGCAGCAGGUGGAGGUGCUAUCUCUGCAGUCGCAGCCACUCAUACCCCUAUUAUCUUUCUUGGAACUGGUGAGCAUAUGAUGGAUUUGGAGCGUUUCGAACCCAAAGCAUUUAUCCAGAAGCUUCUUGGUAUGGGUGACAUGGCGGGCUUAGUCGAGCACGUUCAGGCCGUAACGAAGGACUCAGCCGCUGCCAAGGAAACCUACAAGCAUAUCGCUGAAGGUAUUUAUACCCUCCGCGACUUCCGCGAAAACAUUACAUCAAUCAUGAAGAUGGGCCCGCUGUCAAAGCUUUCCGGUAUGAUCCCUGGCUUGUCAAAUCUUACCGCCGGCCUUGACGAUGAGGACGGCUCCAUGAAACUGCGCCGCAUGAUCUAUAUAUUUGACAGCAUGUCAGCCGUCGAAUUGGACAGCGACGGCAAGAUCUUUGACACACAGCCGAGCCGAAUGGUUCGUAUUGCCCAUGGUAGCGGCACUUCAGUGCGCGAAGUUGAGGAUCUCCUGUCACAACACCGCAUGAUGGCCGGGAUGGCGAAGCGUGUCGGUGGCCAGAAGAAGCAAAUGCAACGAGCACAGAAUAUGCUCAAGGGUGGCAACAAGGAUCAACAGCUUGCUGCUAUGCAGAAGCGGAUGGCCUCGAUGGGUGGAGCUGGUGGCAUGGGCGGCAUGCCCGGAAUGGGCGAUAUGGCGAAGAUGAUGCAGAUGCUGCAGGGCCAAGGCGGCGGCGGCGGCGGCGGCGGUGGUGGUGGUGGGCUGCCAGGUCUUGGUGGGAUGGACUUGCAGUCGAUGAUGAGCCAGAUGAGCGGGUUGAUGGGCGGUAUGGGAGGUGGUGGAAGGGGACGGGGACGGUAGUCCAUUUUGGCCUUGUUUUUACUGAUAAUGAUUUAAUUCCUUCCGUGAUCUGAUUUUGAUGAAGGCUGUUUAUCUUCGCAUGGGAGGCGUCCGGCGCAUAUCUAAUCUCUCUUUUUGUUGUAUCCCAGAAACAUCCUCACGCCAUCGCAUUCUUGUAUAUCUAUUUUUCCAAAUCGAACCAACAAAACUACUUUUAUACGUACU